CAGGGCCGGCAAUAAGAAAAGAAAAGCAGCCAACCUGAGAGCAGAACAGUUAGUCUCUCUGUUUUCUACGCAGAUUAUAAAUAAUCGUUUGUAUGUAAUUCCACGAAAGUAAGGUUUAAUUGCACAUUUCAGAAGAAAAUAAAAAGCAAGAAAAAGCCAUGAGCGGCCUAUGACGCUUUUAAGCUGGAAGCUAUCAGCUACAUGACUCUGUCUGUGGCCACUGGCCACCACACCAAACGCACUUUUAACAGUCAUAUGUAUAUAAACCUAAUACAUUUCAUAUACGUGGGGCUCAGUGAAAGAAAAAGUUUAGCUAAAGAGAACCCAUUGUUUCUCUUUUGCUGAGGAUCAUCUCAGACUCAAAGCCACAUCAUUUUUGGGUCUAAGAGAUCUGAACUGGAUCCCAGGCUGUGAUUCCUGGCUCUGUAUCAAAUGGGUUCAUCUGCAGAUUAUGAAAGAUUGUUCAACAGGCAAAGAACUCUUCACGAGAUCCUUGGAGGAGGCCUUGUUGCAGAUGUGAUUCUGUGGAGGCAGAAAAAUCUGACUUUGGGGAUAUUGUUAGUAACUCUAUCUGCUUGGGUGGUGUUUGAGAAGUCUGGUUAUACUCUGCUGUCACUUGUCUCAAGUGUUCUUCUCCUCCUGAUGAGCAUUCUCUUUCUCUGGGCUAAAUCUGCAGCCAUUCUCAACCGACCGGCUCCUCCCCUGCCUCAACUGCAGUUGUCAGAAGAAAUGGUAAAUGAAAUGGCAGCUUCCAUUCGCAGUCGGGUAAAUGCUUUGCUCUCGGUUUCUCAAGAUAUUUCUCUCGGCAAGGACUCAAGAUUGUUCUUCAAAGUAGCUGCAUACCUCUUGCUGAUUUAUUUUGCUGGUGGCUUGACUGAUUUCCUUACUUUGAGCUACACCAGCCUUGUCAUGGUUCUAACAAUUCCAGCGCUCUAUGAGAGGUGUGAAGAUUAUGUGGACAAACAUAUCAUGAUGGGGUACAGGAAAUUGCUGCAACUGUAUGUUAAAUUUGAUGAAGAGUAUUUGAACAGAUUUCAAAACUGGGUUCUGGAAAAGAAAAAACUAAGUUAAUUUCUCCUUCUCUCGUAAUCAAAUUUAAAACUUUUUAAAUUUCUUUUCUUCUUGGGUUAAGGUCAUGUGCGUGUUCAUCUGGAGUGCCGGGGUGCGGUUGAUUUUGUUUUUCUCUUUUCAAACUGAUAUCUUCUUCUCUUUUCUUUUCUUUUCCUUUCCCAAAUUAUUAAUUUUUGUGCCUUGCAAGACAUUUUGAGGUUUGAGUGAAGCAAAUUGCAAGGAGAUAUUAUUUGAGAAA